GUGAUAAUUACAAAUUGUGAAAAAAAACAGACUGAAUUGUUUCUGAAGCUAUUGAGGCUAUCACAUCAUAUGUCUGUAAGAACUUGCUGUAACCACACUCACUCAUAAUGGUGGAAACUAAAAGCUCAGGUUUUCUCAACUGGAGUAAAAUGGCUUUGCUGCAAUUUAUAAUUCAAACUUUGAUUGUUUUGUUCUUAAACCUGCCUAUUAAUGUUGCUGUGGAAAUUAUUGGAGGUGGCAAAGUUAAGUCUCACUCAAGACCUUACAUGACAUCUAUCCAAAAUAAUAAUUCCCAUGUUUGUGGAGGAACCCUGAUCAAACCAAACUGGGUACUGACCGCAGCACACUGUGUCAGAUAUCUUAUAUCAAAGAAGCAAACAGUCGUUCUUGGAGCUCAGUCCCUUUCCAAGAAAGAAAAAGAAAAACAAUUUCUUAAAAUCAAGAAAAAAUACCAGCACCCAAAAUUCAACUGGGAUCGUUUUACGAAUGAUAUCAUGCUGAUCGAGUUGGAUGGUGCAGCAAAAAUAACCAAAUCUGUGGAUGUUUUGGCCCUGCCUGAAAUGACGAACGAUGUUGAAGCUAAAACAAAGUGCACUGUUGCAGGCUGGGGAAAAACCAAAUCCAAAGAGAUAUCAGACAUCCUGAAAGAAGCUAAACUUCCUGUCAUAGACAGGAAGACGUGCCGGAAAAAUUACCAAUCACUUGACAUAACCGACAAUAUGAUCUGUGCAGGUGACAAGAAGGGUAAAAAGGAUGCAUGUGCGGGUGAUUCAGGUGGACCACUAAUAUGUAAAGAAGGGAAGAAGAAUGUGUACAGAGGCAUUAUUUCAAAUGGAAAAGGGUGUGCAGUGCGGAAUAAACCUUCCAUAUGUACACGUUUGUCAGAAGAGUACAUACGUUGGAUACAGAAGACAAUCCGUGUUAGUAUGUAAGAGCAAAGGAAAGUCAGGAAUGAGGCUCAUUGAUGUAAAGAUUAAUUCUUCAGUGAAUUAAAUGCAAUAGGAAGACUCAAUUCACUUACGCAUCAAAGACAUGUAAUAAGAAUUCACUUUUGCUUAUACAUUAAAAUGGAAUGUGUAGCUUGAACUUUAAUCACACUUCUGUUGUUCAAAACGUUGCUUUUUGUUUGAAGUAUU